GAUUGUCAUACUUCACCACGGCGCGUGGAAGUGUCUCUCGCAGUUUACCGCUUCGAAAGGAAUUUCGCUGGAAAGAGCAUCUGCAUUCUUUUUUAAUAUUCAGUUAUACAGUUUUCUAAGCAGAAAUGGAUGGACACAAUUUUGCAGAUGACAAUAAUGGCGAUCAGUCCAAUGAACCAUUUGUUGUAAAACUUAGAGGUUUACCAUGGUCUGUAACCCCAGCUGAAAUAAAGGCAUUUUUCCAUGACUGCAUUGUAAUAGAAGAUGGUGAUGUUCAUUUAACUUAUACAAAAGAUGGCAGACCAAGUGGAGAGUGUUUUGUUGUCUUGCGUACAGAAGACGAUUUUAACAAGGCAUUGGGUCACAAUAAUGAACAUAUGGGAAAGCGGUACAUUGAGGUAUUUGAGUCAAAAUAUUCUGAGAUGGAAUGGGUGGUCACAAGAAUGCAAGGUGGCGAGUCUGAUGCAGAAGCUGUCAUUCGACUUAGGGGCUUACCUUAUGGUGCUCAAAAGCAGGACAUCGCAGAGUUCUUUGCAGGGUUGGAGAUUGUUCCCUAUGGGAUUACGAUUACACUAGACCAGGAUGGGAGGUGUACGGGGGACGCCUACGUUCAAUUUGCCACACCCAAAGACGCCGAACAAGCACUUCAAAAGCACAAGGAAAAAAUCGGGCACAGAUAUAUCGAGAUAUUCAAAAGCUCGAAAAGCGAGAUAAAAUAUGUUGUCGGACCGAAGCUCAAGCCGUUGAUGUCAAUUAGACCCCAUCCGUACGAUCGACCUGGCUCUGUUGGUGGCAGGGCGCGUGGUCGUGGUGGACUUGGAGCUAGCGGCUUCAACGAUGACUUUAUGGAUGAUUUCGGAUCUGGUGGCUUCGGCAGCUCUGGCGGACGUGGACGUGGCCCAAGAUCGCGAACUGGCGGCGGUGGUCCAGGACCAGGUCGCGCCGGUGGUCGAAACGGCGGUGGCACCAUGCAAGUGAUGAACAGUACAACUGGACACAGUGUGCAUAUGAGAGGACUGCCUUUCGAUUCAACCGAAGAUGAUAUUGUUCAGUUCUUUUCGCCUUUGAAUCCAGUUAACAUUAGAAUAAUUUACGAGCCAAACGGGCGGCCAAAGGGUGAGGCUGAUGUUGACUUCGCAACCCACGAGGCAGCGACUGCAGCCAUGGGCAAGCACAAACAGAAUAUGGGUCGACGCUACAUCGAGUUAUUCUUACAGUCAAAUUCCGGUGGAUUUUCUGGCGGUUGGAGUGGGAGCAGCAUGAGAUCCAGCAGCAGUGGAUACGGCUCCUCCAUGAACGAAAGCAAAAGUGGAUAUUCCGGGGGCUAUGGCGGUGGCUACGGAGGAGGCUAUGGUCGCGGGUCCUCUGGAGGAUAUGGCUCCAGUAACUACGGGGGCAUGGGUGGCUCUCGAAUGAGAGGCUCGGCUGAAUCAACAAAUUUUGCUGCUGACGUUACAUAUCCUGGAGCUGGGAAUUUCUUUGGACAGCAAGCGUACAACUAUAUCGGUUCACAUUGCAGGGCGCGUGGUCGUGGUGGACUUGGAGCUAGCGGCUUCAACGAUGACUUUAUGGAUGAUUUCGGAUCUGGUGGCUUCGGCAGCUCUGGCGGACGUGGACGUGGCCCAAGAUCGCGAACUGGCGGCGGUGGUCCAGGACCAGGUCGCGCCGGUGGUCGAAACGGCGGUGGCACCAUGCAAGUGAUGAACAGUACAACUGGACACAGUGUGCAUAUGAGAGGACUGCCUUUCGAUUCAACCGAAGAUGAUAUUGUUCAGUUCUUUUCGCCUUUGAAUCCAGUUAACAUUAGAAUAAUUUACGAGCCAAACGGGCGGCCAAAGGGUGAGGCUGAUGUUGACUUCGCAACCCACGAGGCAGCGACUGCAGCCAUGGGCAAGCACAAACAGAAUAUGGGUCGACGCUACAUCGAGUUAUUCUUACAGUCAAAUUCCGGUGGAUUUUCUGGCGGUUGGAGUGGGAGCAGCAUGAGAUCCAGCAGCAGUGGAUACGGCUCCUCCAUGAACGAAAGCAAAAGUGGAUAUUCCGGGGGCUAUGGCGGUGGCUACGGAGGAGGCUAUGGUCGCGGGUCCUCUGGAGGAUAUGGCUCCAGUAACUACGGGGGCAUGGGUGGCUCUCGAAUGAGAGGCUCGGCUGAAUCAACAAAUUUUGCUGCUGACGUUACAUAUCCUGGAGCUGGGAAUUUCUUUGGACAGCAAGCGUACAACUAAUCUGCGAUUACGUGUGAAUAUGGGCUGAACUCGUUUGAUAAAACUAAGGGUCUAUUCAUUGUAGGGUGAUACGAUGCAUUUGCUUGGUAUAGGCGGUGUGGGAACUUAAGUUCUUUGUUUAUAAAUAAGCUAGGCCAUUUUAUUUUUUAAGAUAACUGAAUGGGACAAUCCUUCACAGUAUCUAUGUUCAGUGUAACAGUCUAAUCUGCCGCCAUCGCAAUUGAUGCUAUGAGGUAAAGUUGCAGAUGAUACUAUGAAUAACCACAAUGCGUGUGUUGACAGUCAAGUUCACCCCUUCAGCUACUAUUGACAUAUUUUAUUUCGCCUGGUUCUGACAAAUUAGAGUAAUUUUGUUACAUUCUUUUAAAACUUGUUAUUAAUUUUGGAACUAAUUUUGGGUAAAAACUUAAUAUAUAAAGUUCACUUGCGACGUUUCUUUUAGUAUCGAAAUAGUUUAAGGGCUACACCUGGUUUUGUUUUGUAAACUCUGGUUAAACAUCGGGCAUACAGAGUGUAGUUUUGAGAGUCAAUAUCCACAAACGUUUGUUUUAUUGUCAUUAAAUUGAAGUGUUUCCUGGGAUUGCGGCCACGCCCAAGCUAAUCUUUUCUGUUAUACGAUUCUGUUUUGAAAUUUGUUCUCGAAGUCAGGAUUUCUCAUUUGUUUUGGAAGAACAGAUUAUACUCCUCAUUGUUUGGCAUUUAUCCUCAGGUCGUGACGUUUAUAUCCUCGUCCUUUAAAAAUAUGUUCUAUCAUCUUUGAGAAGUUCUGAACAAUCAUUUGAUCAUUCGUUUUUUUCAGUCGACAUAAAUACCAGAUAGGCUCGCCUCAUGUUAAUUUUGUUUAUUCUUUUUCUAAUUUGUCUAGAUGCAUUUAACAGGGGUUUCCUUGCACCUUGGGUUUUCCUUCGUGUAAUAAAUGGGCCUUUGUAGGCAUGGGAUGGGUACCAUAAUAUUCUUGUGCAACCGUCGUUUUAUCCGUUCUUCGUUUGAUAGAGUUAAUGGUUUUCUGUAUAUAGCCUAUUUGAACAUUGUGUAAAUGACUUUAGGCAUGGGUUAUGAAGCAGAUGUUAUGAAGAGUAUUCUGAAUUUUGAGUUAAACCAAUGUGUUCAUUAUAUUGAAAAAUGCGA